CCCGUCCUGAUCAUGCCUGAAACCACCGUGAAAGCGCCCAAGAAGGGCUCAAAGAAAGCCGUGUCUAAGAGCGUCAGCAAGAGCGGCAAGAAGAAGAGAAGGACCAGGAAGGAGAGCUACGCCAUCUACGUGUACAAGGUGCUGAAGCAGGUCCACCCCGACACCGGCAUCUCGUCCAAGGCUAUGGGCAUCAUGAACUCGUUUGUGAGCGACAUCUUUGAGCGCAUCGCCGGUGAGGCCUCCCGUCUGGCUCACUACAACAAGCGCUCCACCAUCACUUCCAGGGAGAUCCAGACCGCCGUCCGCCUGCUGCUGCCCGGUGAGCUGGCCAAGCAUGCCGUGUCUGAGGGCACCAAGGCCGUCACCAAGUACACCAGCUCCAAGUAAACAGUCUU